CCUAAGACAGGUGACGUGGAGUCAACUGAACAACAUUGUAGUGAAGUAGAUGUACACGUCUGAGUCAAAGUAUCGUGAAUGACCAUCAGAAUGUUAUCUCAGCUAAACACACUGGCAGUGAUCCUGACACUGGUGAUACACCAGGUCCUGGUCGAGGGUCAGUGUGUGGCGAAGGGAACAACUCCUGACAUACGGGAGUUGGUGUUGGGGAGGUGUGUUGACUACCAGACGAACAUCAAUCCUGGAGCAUUCUGUGUGAACGGGGUAUCCAACCACAGACACUGUACUGCUCUAGCAGAUAAGUUCAUCUCUGCAUUCGCCUUCCAGCCUGUGUGUAAUGUAAGUUACAGUCGUUAUGAUGACUUUAUCAAAGCAGCCGAGAUUGACGUUCCUCCCGGUCAGAGUAUGUUCUGGUCUGGUGUGUAUGGUGUCGUGCAGAUGUACAGCAACCGUGGGCAGAGAGCAACAGUGCUCGAAGAUACCCUCAUAGGUUACAUGGUUGAUGGCUUACAGUUUUGUGCCCAGACAGAUUCCCCUGGGAUAACUUAUGGUGCAGACUGUCCUGGAUUCGACCAGACUGCCAACUGUACAAACAAUGCUGAGUUUUCCUUCUGGGCCAUGGCGUCGAAACAUUAUGCAUCCCAUGCCAGUGGCGAAGCCCAUGUUAUGUUGAAUGCAAGCAGAGACCAGCCAUUCCGAGAUUCAUCUUUCUUUGCAACUUGGGAAGUACCGAAUAUGGACGCUAGCCAACUGUCAAAGGUCAAUAUUCUUAUGGUUCAUAUACCGGGACAAAAGAUAAGAUCAACAUGUAACAGCAACAACAUCUCUGAACUGAAAAAGCGACUGAGGGAUAGAAACAUUGCGUCUUCUUGUCAGGACAGCCCAAGAGGACCCCAAACAAUGGUGUGUGUGGACUACCCGGGAGAGAGGGAGUGUGACAUGGACAGGACAACAAGCGCGUCGUCUCACCUUGUUUCUGUUGGAGUACACAUUGCAGUGUUGAACGCAGCACUCAAGUCCAUCUCUCUGUAAUUGACCAGACGAUUACUACUUGCUCUAAUGGUGCACGUUGCAUGACAGAACAUUUAAUCAACGUCGCAACAGUUUUCACAUUUUGACCAGUAGUCGUAUUGUCAUACUUUCAGUAGUAUUUUUGGUGUUCGCCAAAGGCCAACAAUGCGACAACACGACAUUUGUCAAGGUAUGUGUCGUUGUCGCAUUUUCACAGACAGUGAAACUAACGAAGUCGGGUCUGGUUGAUGGUGCGACCAAACACGCGUCGAGCUUAACACACCAUCUUUUAUGUGUAUUUUAUUGCGACCACAUUUUAGGCAUAAAAUAUUCUUUCUAGGGUUCAAUAACAUAGUAUGUGAGGGUGAUCAUUAAAUUGACACAAUUCUUAAUGGUUGUCGAGGCACUGAUGCCAUGCAACUCAUUAAUAGUGAGUGAGUGAGUGAGUUUGGUUUAACGCCGCUUUUAACAGUAUUCCAGUUAUAUAAGGCGCCGCGAUUCGCUGCGCAGAGUUGCGUCCUUUAGGCACGUCGGAAACCUUUGAU